AUGGCUGUUUAUUAUCCUCUCUCAGCAUUUUCUAUUCUUUCUCUAAUUUUUCUCAUCUUCUUAAGCUUGUGCAUCAAUGGGAGUUUUGGUAAUAAUGGAGGGUGGCAAAGUGCUCAUGCAACUCUAUAUGGAGGGGGUGAUGCAUCUGGUACAAUGGGGGGUGCAUGUGGUUAUGGUAAUUUGUACACACAAGGAUAUGGAACAUACACAGCAGCAAUAAGUACAGCAUUAUUCAACAAUGGUUUGACAUGUGGUGCUUGUUACCAGCUCAAAUGCAACAAUAAUGAUGGCACAUUGUGUCUUCCAGGAACAAUUACUGUCACUGCAACAAAUUUUUGUCCUCAAAAUCCAUCACUUCCUAGCAACAAUGGUGGUUGGUGCAAUGCUCCUCUGCAACAUUUCGAUUUGGCACAGCCUGCCUUUCUGAAAAUUGCACAGUAUAAAGCUGGGAUAAUCCCAGUAUCUUUUCGAAGGGUACCCUGCAUAAAGAAGGGAGGAAUAAGGUUUACAAUAAAUGGCCACUCUUACUAUAACUUGGUUUUGGUGACUAAUGUUGGUGGUGCUGGAGAUGUUCAUUCAGUUUCUAUUAAAGGGUCUAAAAAUGGAUGGCAAUUAAUGUCAAGAAAUUGGGGUCAAAACUGGCAAAGCAAUUCAUAUCUCAAUGGCCAAAGUCUUUCGUUUCAAGUGACCACAAGUGAUGGAAGAACUGUCACAAGCAACAAUGUUGCACCUGCUAAUUGGCAAUUUGGACAAACUUUUGAAGGGGCUCAAUUUUAA